AUGCACCGAGGAAAACAGAUUCAAGCGGUGUCAUAUGAUUGCUCGAUACUUGGGUUCCACGUCAGAUGUAGACCUUUAAUCUUUAUCGAUGUUUACAACUUGAAUGGGCUCCACAAAGACAGCUCCUUUAUAGUUGCUUCGGCUUUGGAUGCGGAUAACGAGAUGUAUCCUCUAUCUUACGGCGUUCUCCUGUCCAUGAACGAGGAAGAUCUUCUGUGGUUUCUAGAAAAGCUAAAGCUCGUUGUGCAGAAUCGCGAGGUCGUCGUUGUUUCUGGCUCGGGUCUCCCUUUCCUCUCCAGCUUGGACAAAAUGUUUGGCGAUGAAAACCACAGCUUUUGUUUUCAUUGCAUAAAAGAGAAUUUUAAUAAAUUUGUGGACGGAAAUACAGCCUUUAAAGUGCAGGGGAGAGGAAAGGAGAUUGCAGUUAAGUACUUGACUGACAUUGCAUAUGCGCGAACACUAGAUAGUUAUAAUGAAGCUCUAGGAAAGAUCUGUUCUUUCCGAAGAGAAUUGUAUGAUUGGAGUAACAAGCUCAAAAUCAAAGAAUGGAACCUUCCGAUCGGUCCUCGGGUUGCUGAAAAGAUUUUCGAAAACCAAAAAGUCGGUGAUCACCUAGCGGUGACGGUUCUAUCUGAUGUUGAGUUUAAAUUAGGGGACCUGCAUGGCAGAGAAGAAGUUGUAAACCUCAAACUCUGGACAUGUACAUGUUUAGAGUGGCAAAUGACUGGGAUCCCGUGCAGCCAUGCAUGCAACGCGAUUACCAUGGCCAGUAUGAAUAUUUAUCAGUAUGUUGCUGAUUGGUACAAAAGGGAGACUCAAGAACAUAUAUAUGCUGAAGUUAUGGAUGAACUAGCAAAAUUUGGUAUACCACAUCCGGAUGAUAUUGUUUCUUCGGCUUCCUCAGGUAAUGACGUUGUGCUAUGUCCACUUUCACCGCGUGUUAAAAGACCUCCUGGUCGUCCCCGGAAAGAACCUAAAGGACUUCAAGUUGAAACUGUAAAAAGACCUAUACGGUGUUCCAAGUGUGGCGGCGUUGGACAUAAUAAACGUACUAAAUGCAGUUCUGUAGCACAGUAA